AUGUUCGAACGAGCGAGGAAUAUCUUCGAUGUCGCCCAGACCCAAAUUGUGGGGGCUGACCAGGAGAAGAAGAUGCAGGUUCUCAUGGACUUCAUGACGAGGAGCGAACGAGAGAGGACGCCUGAGGAGAUCGAUGGUACGGCCGGCACUGUGGUGGUUGCUAAUAUCGACAACGACCCCGCAGGGAAGAUGAAAGUCCUAGUCGGCAGCCUCUCGGGUAUGAUACGGAUCUUCCUCCCAAGAGGGGGCCCCACUGGUGGGCACACCCUUGAGGAUCUCGUACUAGAGAAGAAGCUCGACGGGCCCAUACUACAGCUACUCGCCGGCCGGUGA